AUGUCGGCUACUACUACAGCUCGAGAAUGGGAGAAACAGCUGGAAAGCCAAAUAGUUGGCUCGCCCUAUGUCCAACCUGUUACCUACUUGAAUGGUCCUGAUGAUGACAGAGCGAGGUAUGGUGGAAUCGAAGAAGUGUUCAUUAUGAAAGACAGAGAAACACAGGAGUCCCGAGGGUUGGCGUUUGUACGGUUUCGAGAUCUCGCAGAAGGACAGAACGCCAUAGCUGCAUUGAACGGGGCGAUUCUGCCGGAGAGCGCCAGGCCGCUGACGGUUAUCUAUGCACAAGGAGAAGCUGAAAGGCUCGGGUUGACUAAGGAGACUCCUGGCAUGAGGAGUGAAGAGACGAAGUUGUAUGUGGCUGGUCUUGGCCCUUCGACAGAAGCUGUUGAACUACGCAAAAUAUUCGAGCCUUUUGGCAGAGUCACUGAAGUACACGUACCGGGACCACAUGCUUUGUACGCCUUCGUACGGUUCGCAGAGGAGAAGGAUGCCAUGCGAGCCAUCAGCGAUGUCAAUGGUCGAGUACAGGUAGAAGGCUCCCAGCGGAUGCUCGAAGUGAAAGUGGCCGACCCUUCUAGCAGUCGGGGGCCGACUAGAAGGCCCUCGGGGUCGCUACCGCCAGUGAGCUCCUAUGGCUCUCCAGCUGGAAAUGGCUAUGACCAUACCCCGAGCGUGCAACCUCGGUUCGUGAGUGGCAUGUCGCAGGGCUAUGGUCAGGCGUCAGUUCCACUUAACUCGACAAUGGCUGGAGACACCCAAGGGCAGUGUAGUAGAACCAUUGGGGCGUGGACAGAGUACUUCGCAAUGGAUGGUACGCCUUACUACCACAAUUCUCAGUCUAACACGGUGCAGUGGGAACUCCCGAUAGAGUUUAAGAACCCGUCGGCAGCCCACACGGGGUCAGGUCCGGCCGGCGCGAAUAUCUUCAUAUUUUCCGUUCCGGACGCAUGGACGGAGAUGGAUUUGCGACAGCACUUUGGGUCGUUCGGAAACAUAGUGUCUGCGAAAGUGGUGGUUGAUAAGCAGACUGGUAUCUCGCGGGGUUAUGGCUUCAUUUCUUAUGAUAACUGCGACUCGGCUGAGAGAGCUGUCCAGACUAUGGACGGCUAUAUGGCGCCGACUGGGAGGAAGAUAAAGGUCCAAAUUAAGAAGGGUGAGGGUAGCAAUAACGACGCCUCCCCAAAGCAUGCAACAACAACACCGUAUUGA